UGACUGUUUGAGUAAAUGUGGUUUCUGCGGAUGUUAACGCUGCUGUCCGAUGUUUCGUCAGUGCGAGGAUGCCGUCCAGGGAAGAUCGUUCAGAUGACGGAGGCGGAGGUUCGGGGAUUGUGCAUUAAAUCACGCGAGAUCUUCCUCAGUCAGCCCAUCCUGCUGGAGCUGGAGGCUCCGCUCAAGAUCUGCGGUGACAUCCACGGCCAGUACACGGAUCUGCUGCGGCUCUUCGAGUACGGCGGCUUCCCUCCGGAGGCCAACUAUCUGUUCCUGGGAGAUUACGUGGACCGAGGGAAGCAGUCGCUGGAGACCAUCUGCCUGCUGCUGGCUUACAAGAUCAAGUACCCCGAGAACUUCUUCCUGCUCCGCGGGAACCACGAGUGCGCCUCCAUCAACCGCAUCUACGGCUUCUACGACGAGUGCAAGCGCAGGUUUAAUAUCAAGCUGUGGAAGACGUUCACCGACUGCUUCAACUGUCUGCCGAUCGCCGCUAUCGUGGACGAGAAGAUCUUCUGCUGCCACGGAGGUCUUUCACCCGAUCUUCAGUCGAUGGAGCAGAUCAGACGCAUCAUGAGACCGACGGACGUACCUGACACAGGGCUGCUGUGUGAUCUGCUGUGGUCGGACCCUGAUAAAGACGUUCAGGGUUGGGGUGAAAACGAUCGUGGCGUGUCCUUCACCUUCGGUGCGGAUGUGGUCAGCAAAUUCCUCAACCGGCACGAUCUGGAUCUCAUCUGCCGUGCGCAUCAGGUGGUCGAGGACGGUUACGAGUUCUUCGCCAAACGCCAGCUGGUCACGUUGUUCUCGGCGCCGAAUUAUUGCGGCGAGUUUGACAACGCUGGAGGAAUGAUGAGCGUCGACGAGACCCUGAUGUGCUCCUUCCAGAUCCUGAAGCCGUCGGAGAAGAAGGCGAAGUAUCAGUACGGCGGGAUGAACUCGGGGCGACCCGUGACUCCGCCCAGAACGGCCACGCCCCCAAAGAAGCGCUGAGGGGGCGGAGCCACAACUCUGAUCUGGCAUGAAGACUGUCUUGAAAAUACAAAUGUAGUUAGAAAUCACACGUUGUUUUUUUUUCUUUUAAGGCAUAUUUUAUUUUGCGUUUGGUUUGAUUUGACUUCCUCUGAGUCUCGCUGUGUGCUGCUUUCGUUUGACUGUCUGUAACGUCAUGUUUCGCAGUGUUUGAACGCUCGCUCUGGUCACGUAUCAGGGCGCUUCAUUGCAGCUUUUCUCGACUGCUCUGCGUCUAACAGGACGAUGUGCAUUGACUAGGUGUUUUUGUAGUCAGGCGUUUCACUCUUCGGGCCUGUUUGAGUCAAACCGGUUCAUAACAUCUGGAUUUUCAGUAAUAAAGUUUAACAAACCUUUGACGUGCCAGUAUGUUUUGAAGCCUCUUGUAUGAUGUGUCUCUUUAAACUGUGUGCCUUUAUUAGUUUAUACUAAAACUGUGUGCUUCACUGGUGAUGAAGAAGCAGAUGUUUGUCUGUAUGUAGUCAGACUGUACUGUAUGGAAACCCGUUUAUAUGAAGAAUAAAGAAAAAAGGUCAUUGCAA